GCUGCGCGCGGUUCGGCUGCAGAUGCAGGUCGCUGAGUGGGAGCGCGAGGCGGGGGGAAAUGGCGAACAGGCGAGGGCGGCGGUGCGCCUUUUGAGGAUACAGUAGGCACCAGGAGCGCAGGCAGGCAGCAGCUCGAGGAUAGAGAGGAGAAGGAGAAGAACCAUGGAGGACUCGGAGCCCGCAGAGGACGGCUUGCUCGCGGGCUUGCGGUGGAACAGGAGCGCAAGGGACCAAGCUCAGCUGAAACACAAAAUCCGGGAUCUGCCGGGUCUGCUCAAGCACGGGUUGCACCUGCGGAAGAAGAGCCAAUCACCUGACACUAUCCCUGGACCCAGCACUGGACCUGCUGUACAUAAGUCUUGUUCCCAGAGUUUUCCAUGUGCUGGUCGGGCUGUGAGGAAUGCUUUCUUGUCACAUGGACCGUACCCAGCGAAAGACAAGAUACACCUGGCCAGAAUCAUACGGCGUAGCUAUGUGGGAGUGGAGCUGGUGCAGUGGCUGUGUGAGCAGUGUAUGUAUGUGCGCUGUCGGACUACUGCUGUGCGUGUCUGGCAGGUGCUGCUGGAGCUGGGAGUCCUGCUGUCUGUGGACCAGCGGGUGGUGUUUUCAGACUCCAACUCUUACUACCAGUUCAGCUUUGAGGAGUGUGACUCUCCCUCUUGUGAAUUUCGCUCCAAUGAGGGAGAGUGGCCAGAAGCUGUUAAACUCCUCCUGCAGCUCGCCCCUUAUGUCCAGUUUCGCUCUGGAGGUGGAACCAAUAGUCCGUCAGAGGAAGACUCUGAAGGCAACAGGGACAUCUGCAGUGAGAUUCUUCAGAUGAAAGCUCUUGAGAGGCUCACUUCUACGGUGCAAAGUGAGUUGGCGGCUGCUCUCGCACGAAAGACACGCAAAGCUUUGUCAGAGCAGGACUCUGAGACAGCGGAGACGAGCCACCAGGAACCUCAAACGCCCAGCGAGGAGAGCAGUCCGCUGGGAGGUGUGUGCACUUUGCGGGACAGCAGUGGCAGUGGCGGCGGUGGGAUGGGGACUGUGUGCCGCCGUGAGGAGCUAACCAGCCGGCUGGGGCUGGAGGCCGUUCAGCGGCUGGCCAAGGAUGGCUGUCGGCUGCUGCAGAACCACAACUAUCGUCUACCCGACAGGAACCAGGCGGAGGCAUUAGGAAGGGUUUGUCUAAAGGAGAGAGGACGGGAUGUAUUGGUGUUGCAGAGAGUGACAUCGUCAGUGACAUCGCCAUCGGACAGGCCCUCACCAACAUCAUCCGGGGGCGGGUCCAGAGAGGAGGAUUGCGACAAGAGGUAUGUGGUGGUGUCCGGAACGCCGCUCAAGAUUUUGGAGCAUCUGCUAAGUGACCUGCGAUUGGAUGACCAAAGAGGGGCACCAGAGAACAAGGAGAGCGAAAUGUUGCUGGAUGACUUCCUGUUAACGUAUCUGGUGUUUAUGUCCACUCACGACCUCUGUCAGGCCCUGCUGGGACACUAUAGCAGUGCACGCUGCAGGGGCCAGGAGGAGGGCAAAGAUGCCCUCUUCAGGAAACGUAAAGUACUGCAGCUUGUUUCCCACUGGAGCAGACUUUAUAAGGAUUUCCUCAAGGAAGAGGAGCAUGUCAGGAGCUUCAUGAAGACUCUGUACAGGUGUGUUUUAGAAGAUCUGUAUGAGUUCCCCACAUUGGAGAAAGACCUGAAGGAGUUUCAGAAACUUCUGCGUCGCAGGCACACGGUGGAUGACUGCCCUCCAAACCAAAAGAGCAAACAAACGUAUCAGCAUAUGAGUUUGAAGGAAAACUGUUUGCAGCUCCGCAGUCCACAAACCGAGACCAGAGAGGUUAUUUGUUGUGUGUAUGUGAGUGCCGACUCCUACCUGAGUGUCCACACGCAUCCCUCGCUGGAGGCACAUGAGCUUCUGCGGAUUGUGGCUCUGAAGAUGGACAGAGCAGAAGAGGAAAUGGUGCUCGCUGUGGUGUCGCACACUGGAGAGCGGAGGGUGUUACAACCCAGUGACUGCGUGUACUCGGAGUCUCUGACCCCACAAGGAAAGCUUGCGGCCUGUCGCAGGGAUCUUACUGAAAUCUUGCCCCCUUUAACGGACAGCGCUGAGCUAAGCAGGAGGCCAGUUCGGCUCCUGGGCAUCAACACCUGGGAUGUGGCAGCUGCUCUCACACACCUGGACUGGAGUCUCUUCAAAUCCAUUCACGAGCAGGAGCUGGUGUACUACACUCUGAGCCGCGCUCCUGGCACUGGCCACACAGCGGCGCUCUCAGUUCUGCUGCAGCGCUGCAACGAGGUCCAGCAGUGGGUCAUGUCCGAGGUGCUCAUGUGUGUAUCGCUCAACAAAAGAGUACAGCUGCUAAAGAAGUUCAUCAAGAUCGCAGCUCACUGUAAAGCUCAGAGAAAUCUGAACUCUGCAUUUGCCAUCAUCAUGGGUCUUAACACAGCUGCUGUCAGUCGACUCAACCAAACGUGGGAAAAGUGUCCAGGGAAGUUCAAGAAGCUCUUUUCAGAGCUGGAACUCAUCACGGAUCCAUCUCUGAACCACAAAGCCUAUAGAGAAGCCUUCAAGAGGAUGAAACCUCCUAAGAUCCCUUUCAUGCCUCUUCUCUUAAAAGAUAUCACUUUUAUCCAUGAGGGAAAUAAGACCUUCCAUGACAACUUGGUCAACUUUGAGAAGCUGCAUAUGAUCGCAGACACAGUGAGAAUGAUUCGCCACUGCCAAAGUGACCAACCAGGCAACGAGGUAAUCGGGGUCGACAGUGCGGAGGUGAGGGCGAGCGUUCAGUACCUGCACAUUAUCGACAAUCAGCAGACGCUUUUUGAACUUUCACACAAACUGGAGCCGCGCGCUUAAACAGACGCACACACUAAGACACAAUGGAAACGGUGGAAAUGCUGCUGUGUGACAUAGAGGACGCUCUGCACAGCACAAUGUCACAUGCCUGCAAGUACGCUGCAGAAAAUCACGCUACCAGCAGUGGUGCCAAAUGGACAACAACGUGUGCUCUGGUAAAAGCCAAACACAUACUGAGAAAGGAUUUAUGAACUCUCUACAUGAUCUGUGAACUUUCUACAUGAACUGAAUCUGUGCAGCGAAAUGGAGAUUUGCCAAACAGAGACAGAGAGCAGAGGAGGCUGUAAUUAGUUUGUACAGUACUUAUUGGACUGAGUAUGUCAUUGUUUUGUUCUUGUGAUCGGUCUUUUGUUAUUUAUGAGCCUGUUCAGCAGGUGGAAUUAAAAAAAAAAAACAAAAGUUUCCCGUCAGUCUCGCCACGCCCCCUGAGGGUCAGUAAGGACUUGAUAGCUUCCUCAUUACAUUUCAUUUCAGUUCCAAACUCAGAAACAUCUGUAGAGGAGUGCAGGACCUGUGGACAGAAUCUCUACUGUGGGUGUUCUAAUCUUAUUUCAUCUACAUGCUACAUAUUUGAAUUAGAAUACACAUACGUCCUCACAUGCUAUAGUUAGUUAGUUGAUGGUGUGCCGUUUUUUUGUUAUUGUAUAAGCAGCAGUAAUAAGGCAGCACACUUUACACACCAAUAUUUUUUAAAACUUCUUCUCACUGAGACUUUCUCUUUGAUCUGUACAGUCUCUGUGAGCAUGUCAAGGAAGCAUCGGACUAUUUAUUUUUUUCUGUCCAAGUCCUGUUUGACUUUCAGGCCGACGCUCUUCUCUGGUGUUUUUGUGUGAACAGUUACUGAUAAUACUGCAUUGUGUAUAAUAUGGACCUACACAUUUUUCAGUGCCAAAAGUCAUGUUGAGUCUUGCAGCUCAGAUUGUACUGUGGAGCUCUUGGUUUGUUUAGGAAUCCGUGUCUUUUUGUCACAGAGUUUAAUUUCCUUGAAUGAGGAAAAGUCUGAUUUUUGACUUCAUAAUGACUGAGAUCUGUGUGUGUGUGUGUGUGUGUGUGUGUGUGUGUGUGUGUGUGUGUGUGUGUGUGUGUGUGUGUGUGUGUGUGUGUGUGUGUGUGUGUGUGUGUGAUUGUAUCAGGCUUCUAUUGAAACACAGCCCCAGCACAGAGCUAUGUUUUUCUUUGUUGCUGUGUUUAUUGUGUUAGACAGAUAAAGUCAAAGUAUUCCAACACAAGACACAAAUAAUAGCUUUAUUCCACAAAACUGUGGUUUAAGGGGAGAUUUCGAUUAAUUCUUGCUGACUGAAAAUAUCACUUCAUGUAGGAGUGGCCUCAUGUAAACUGUCUGUGAAAGCCAACAACGGGUGAAACGGAAUAAUGGAAACACUAGGACACAGACUUCCUCUGUGAUAAUAACAUGGAUGGAUGUGAUAUUUAAUUUUGGUUCAUCUUUAGAUUCGUAUCCCUUUAAUUGCGGCCCUUAAAUAAAUCUAUUUUGAAUCCAAUUAGUUUCCAAAUUUUAUCAUCAUCUUGCUGACAAAGCCAUAAGACGUGCAAAGCAUUUAUUUGAUAUUUAUACCAUGUAGAAUCCGCUGUCUUAUUAAACAGAUUAUCACUUCAGCUUACAAAGAAACCUUACUAGUGUUUUCAUUAUUUUGUUCUUGCCUGAUAUCUGCUCAUAGCUAGCCUCUUAUUUCAGUAACACAUUUCAGCUGAGUAAGAGGAAACCACAUGUGCUACAUAGUUUUGAGUCUAAUAAGGCAUGGCAUUAGGAUGAAGUGCAAUACAGUAGAAAUGUUGCCACAAGUGUCCGCCAUCAUCAUUUCAACACUAAGCUUUUCAAAGCAAAGGGCUGCCCUCCCCCCGGCAGAUGAGCUUAAAAUUCCUAACACUGUUUUAGUGCCAAAGGCAUCGUUGGUUCUUUACAAGAAAGAAUUCAAGGAUGUCAAGGUGAGAGAGUCACUUUAAAUGUACUUUUUGUGUUAUGAGCAGCUUCUCACUGUGCAGUAAAAACACUUUGAAAUGGAGGCUCUAACUCUUUUGGUGCCACUGAAUGCUUUGCAGAUAACGGCUAAUAGUCUGUAUUGCAUUGCUUUGUAUUUAUCUUAAGAGAAUUUGAGCCACGUAAAAUACUUGAGUCCAAAAAAGUACUGCUUUAGAGAAUGAAAAGUAACAUUUUCCAGAUUUGGCUAAAAGUCUGCAAUUGGCAAAAGAGUGUUCAUCUGUAUUUAUCUAAAGUUUGCCAUCAUUUACUGCAGAGCACUGCACUGAAUGAAUUCAAUUUAUUUGUUCUUUAUUUUUCUUCUCUUUAUAAUCUAAAGAUUCCUUUUGGGGGAAAGGAAGCUGGUGAUUCUUUGCCUGGUCAAGGUGUCAUGUGAAGGCCUUGUGGUAGUCAUUUUUACUAUUAACCUGUACAUGACGCGCACAUGCGCACUCACCUCUGCUCGUUGUGUCCAAAGAGCAGAAGUUAUUUAUUGUAAUAUAUUGUUUAUUUAUGUAUUUCAUAGGUGACAAAAUGUCUCUGUUUCUGUAUCAUGUCGGGAGCUUCAACAAUGUAGACAUGCACACCUGAGAAGAAAAGAUGAUUGUGGUUUGAAACUGCUGAGGGAAAGAAAAAUGACUUGCUGUCAUAUUCUGUGGCCACUUGAGGGCAGCAGAGGAUCCAAUGAGGGAUUUUUUUUUUUUUUUUGGUUAGCCCGUAAAAGCUGUAAUGGGGAGGAAACCAACCAGAGAUUGCAUUUAGUGUUAAUCGGCCACUGUUAUGAGUGUCUACAGUUACUUUUUUUUUGUUGUUGUUUUUUAGAACAAUGUUUAAAGCCUAUUUGCAUGAGAAAAACAAAAAACACAACAUUCACAAUGCAAGAGAGGAUAUGUUGAAGGCUUUGUAUUAUUGUAAUAUUGUUGUGUAAAUAUAUGCCUAUGUUUGGUAUGCUAUUUAUCUGUUUUAAAUGGGGAAAAAAGAGAGUCAACCACAAAGCAAUACGUCUCCCCUCAUCUCCCCUCAACCUUCAGACAGCUGAAGUCACGUGUUUUCUAAAGCUGCGUUUUACUAUGUGAAGAUUUUACUGAAAAUGAAUAAAUUAUAGGUUUUAUGUGA